AUGGCCUUUCAGGACCUCCUGGAUCAAGUUGGUGGUCUGGGAAGGUUCCAGAUAAUUCAGAUGGCUUUUCUUUUUACCUACAAUGCCAUGGCACAGACUCAUACUUUAUUGGAGAAUUUCACUGCAGUCAUCCUUGGUCAUCGCUGUUGGGUCCACAUACUCGAUAAUGCCACUGUCUCUGACAAUGACAUUGGGACCCUCAGCCAAGAAGCCCUCCUGAGGAUCUCCAUCCCACUAGACUCAAGCCUGAGGCCAGACAAAUGUCAUCGCUUCAUCCACCCACAAUGGCAGCUCCUUCAUAUGAAUGGAACCUUCUCAAACAUGAGUGAGGUGGACACGGAGCCCUGCAUGGAUGGGUGGGUAUAUGACCGGAGCUUGUUCCUCUCCACCACCGUGACUGAGUGGGAUCUGGUAUGUGAAUCUCAGUCACUGAAUUCAGUAUCUAAAUUCUUCUUCAUGGCUGGAAUGUUGAUUGGAAACAUUGUAUAUGGCACUUUGUCAGACAGAUUUGGGAGGAGGUUACUUCUGACAUGGUGUCUUCUCCAGCUGGCCGUUGCUGACACCUGUGCUACCUUUGCUUCCACCUUCCUGGUGUACUGUUCACUACGCUUCCUGGCUGGCAUGUCCACCACGACCAUCCUGACAAAUGCUAUUCUUCUCAUUGUAGAAUGGACAAGUCCCAAAUACCAAGCUAUGGGAACAACAAUGGCAGUGUGUGCUACUAGUUUCGGGAAUAUCCUACUGGGAAGCCUGGCUUUUGCUAUUCGAAACUGGCAUACUCUCCAGCUGGUUGUGUCUAUACCGAUGUUCUUCUUUUUUAUUUCCUCAAGGUGGAUAUCCGAGUCAGCUCGGUGGCUGAUUAUCAACAACAAACCCGAGGAGGGCUUACAGGAACUUAAAAAAGCUGCACGGGUGAAUGGAAUGAAGACUUCUGCAGAUGCCCUAACCAUAGAGGCUGUGAGAUCCACCAUGAAGGAGGAGCUGAAGGCAACACAGACAAAACCUACUCUGUGCGACUUGUUCCACACACCCAACCUGUGUAAACGGAUCUGUCUCCUGUCUUUGGUGAGAUUUGCAACAAUCCUGCCUACUUUUGGCUUGAUUCUCCACCUCCAGCACCUAGGGGGCAAUGUUUUCCUGGUCCAGGUUCUCCUUGGUGUAGUCAACCUCCCAGCCAAUUGGGUUUCACUUUGGGCACUGAAACACAGGGGCCGUCGUAUAAGCAUAUUUUUUUUCAUGUCCAUGAUGGGAAUCACUUUUCUGGCCAUCACAUUUGUGCCUUCAGAAAUGCCGACUGUGCGUAUGAUUCUGACAACUUUGGGAGGAGGAAUUUGUUUUGCCUCUAUUACCUGUUGUUUUACCCAGGCAAAUGAACUGCUCCCCACCAUCAUCAGGGCAACAGCUUUUGGAAUCAUUGGAGUUUGUGGUAGUUUGGGGGCAGCUGUGGCUCCCCUGUUGAUGACCCUGGAAACAUAUGCUGAACCCUUGCCCUGGAUCAUCUAUGGAGCCUCCUGCAUCUUUGUUGGCCUUGUUGUCUUCCUCCUUCCAGAAACUAGGAAUCAUCAACUGCCUGACUCCCUCCAAGACAUAGAAAAUGGUGGGAAAGGCUCAAGAAAAACAGAGCAGGAAGAUACCUCCAUCAAAGUGACACACUUCUAA